AUGAGCAUCGCCUUACUUGUUGCCCUGUUCUUGCUCAACUCAGAUCGCAUUCAGAAAGCCAUUGAGAUAUGCAGCGAAUGUUUGAUUUUGCUAACUUGCACCGAUCAAAACAGCAAAGACCAAUUUGAUUCGGCACUGCUACAAUUUUACAGCGACAUCUAUACCAUUCUUUUCAGCGCUUAUCGUCAUAUCUCUGACUACAUAAGUGCGGAAACAUACGGGAGGAAAAUGUUUGACUUAUACAGAGAGUAUGGAAUUAUGCUUUAUAGACUUGGCGAAAGCUUAAAAGCAAAGGAAUAUGUUGAGAGGGCCCUUGCCAUAACAACCAAAAUUGGCGACAGAAGCGGAGAAGCAUUAUGUUAUGGAAACUUAGCUACUGUGUUUGAGUCGCUUGGCCAAUACGACAAGGCUGAAGAGUAUCUCCAGAAAGCGCUUGUCAUCAGAACUGAAAUUGGCGACAGAGAAGGGGAAGCAUCAUGUUAUGGAAACCUAGGUACUGUGUUUAAGUCGCUUGGCCAAUACGACAAGGCUGAAGAGUAUUACCAAAAAGCGCUUGUCAUCACAACUGAAAUUGGCCACAGAGAAGGGGAAGCAUUAUGUUAUGGAAACUUAGGUACUGUGUUUGAGUCGCUUGGCCAAUACGACAAGGCUAAAGAGUAUCUCCAGAAAGCGCUUGUCAUCACAACUGAAAUUGGCCACAGAGAAGGGGAAGCAUCAUGUUAUGGAAACCUAGGUACUGUGUUUAAGUCGCUUGGCCAAUACGACAAGGCUGAAGAGUAUCACCAAAAAGCGCUUGUCAUCACAACUGAAAUUGGCGACAGAAAAGGGAAAGCAUCAUGUUAUGGAAACCUUGGUAUUGUGUUUAAGUCGCUUGGCCAAUACGAUAAGGCUGAAGAGUAUCUCCAAAAAGCGCUUGUCAUCAGAACUGAAAUUGGCCACAGACAAGGGGAAGCAUCAUGUUAUGGAAACCUAGGUACUGUGUUUACGUUGCUUGGCCAAUACGACAAGGCUGAAGAGUAUCUCCAGAAAGCGCUUGUCAUCACAACUGAAAUUGGCGACAGAAAAGGGAAAGCAUCAUGUUAUGGAAACCUUGGUACUGUGUUUAAGUCGCUUGGCCAAUACGACAAGGCUGAAGAGUUUCUCCAAACAGCGUUUGCCAUCAGAACUGAAAUUGGCCACAGAAAAGGGGAGGCAUUAUGUUAUGGAAACCUAGGUACUGUGUUUCUGUCCGUUGGCCAAUACGACAAGGCUGAAGAGUAUCUCCAAAAAGCGCUUGUCAUCACGACUGAAAUUGGCGACAGAGAAGGGGAGGCAAGUGACUAUGGAAACCUAGGUACUGUGUUUAAGUCGAUUGGCCAAUACGACAAGGCUGAAGAGUAUCUACAAAAAGCGCUUGUCAUCAGAACUGAAAUUGGCGACAGAAAAGGGGAAGCAUCAUGUUAUGGAAACCUUGGUACUGUGUUUGUGUCGCUUGGCCAAUACGACAAGGCUGAAGAGUAUCUCCAAAAGGCGCUUGUCAUCAGAACUGAAAUUGGCGACAGAGAAGGGGAAGCAUCAUGUGAUGGAAACCUUGGUGCUUUGUUUAAGUCGCUUGGCCAAUACGACAAGGCUGAAGAGUAUUACCAAAAAGCGCUUGUCAUCACAACUGAAAUUGGCGACAGAAAAGGGGAAGCAUCAUGUUAUGGAAACCUUGGUGCUGUGUUUGAGUCGCUUGGCCAAUACGACAAGGCUAAAGAGUAUCUCCAAAAAGCGCUUGUCAUCACAACUGAAAUUGGCGACAGAGAAGGGGAGGCAUCAUGUUAUGGAAACCUAGGUACUGUGUUUGUGUCGCUUGGCCAAUACGACAAGGCCAAAGAGUAUCUCCAAAAAGCGCUUGUCAUUAGAACUGAAAUUGGCGACAGAGAAGGGGAAGCAUCAUGUUAUGGAAACCUUGGAAAUGUGUUUAGAACUGUUGGUGAUUUUGAAGCUUCGGAAGUAUACUUAGAGAAAGCUUUAUUCAUAUCCAGAGAUAUUGGAGAUGGAAGAAAAGAGUUCGAAAUCCUUGGAAGUUACGCCAUUUUGUAUUUAUACCAAUAUAAAAUCAAAGACUCCCUGUCGUGUCUUCAUCUGUGCAUUGGAAAGUAUGAGGAGCUGAGAUAUUUCUUGGGCGCCAAUGAUCAGUUCAAAACAUCAUUUCUGGAGCACACAGGAAUAUUUCCCUACAAACUGCUUUGUACUUUGCUUUGUGACACCGGAAAUGCUCGGGAUGCUCUUUAUGUUGAGGAGUUGGGUCGAGCUAGAGGCCUAUCAGACUUAAUGGCAGAGAAGUACUCGGUUGAAACGCACAUCUCUGCUAAUCCACAAUCUUGGUUUGGCAUUGAGAACAUUUUAAGAAAGAAAAAAAACUGUGCUUGCCUGUACAUUUCUUAUUUUCAGAAUUGUCUGCAUUUGUGGAUCUUGAAAACAAGUGGAGUCCUUCACUAUAGAAGAGUAUCACCAGAAGAGAAUCUAGUUCAGGCUGGGUUACCCAAAGAUUUGUCUUUGAGUCAAUUUUUGGAUGAUAAUUUCCGGAGCCUUGGUAUUUUGCCCCCUAAAGAUUGUGAAGAUCGGUCUUUAAAUACGAUUAAAUUGCAACCUCUCUCCCCCGCGCAAAAGAGCUCAGCAAGAUUACGACUCGUGGAGGAGGACGAGGACGAGGACGAGAAAGUGAUUUCAAGUUUACAUUUAUGUUACAAAAUGUUCAUUGCCCCCGUUUAUGAUUUGCUUGAUGAGCCUGAAGUCAUUAUUGUUCCUGACCGCAGGUUGUACAAAGUUCCCUUUGCUGCCCUGAGUGAAAAGGAAGGAGCCGAAUACUUGUCAGAGACUCAUAAGAUCCGUAUCAUUCCUUCGUUGACAACACUCAAGAACAUUCAAGAUAGUCCAGAGGACUAUCACAGCAACACUGGUGCCUUGAUAACAGGCAAUCCCAAGGUUAAUUGGCUGCAACCAUUGCCAGCUGCAAGAAAGGAAGCGGAGAUGGUCGGACGACUGAUGGGUGUUCCGCCUCUAGUUGAAGAGAAAGCAACGAAGCAGGCGGUACUUGAGCGGAUAAGUUCAGUGAGCUUGAUACAUUUUGCUGCCCAUGGUAACGCGGAAAGAGGAGAAAUUGCACUCUCCCCCAUUCCUACUCCCAACAGUCAAAACGCUAUCCCGAAGGAAGCUUACAUGUUGACGAUGGCUGAUGUCUCACGAGUGAAAGUCAGAGCUAAACUGGUGGUACUUAGCUGCUGUCACAGUGGAAGUGGAGAGAUAAGAGCCGAGGGAGUUAUAGGAAUUGCCCGUGCGUUCUUAGGAUCCGGUGCUCGCUCGGUGUUGGUUGCGCUGUGGGCCAUUCCAGACUCUGCAACAGAGAAGCUGAUGAGUCGGUUUUACGAACACCUUGUUGAAGGAGAAAGUGCCAGUGAGUCUCUUCACCAGGCUAUGAAGUGGAUGAGAAAAAAUGGUUUUACCCAAGUGUCUCAAUGGGCUUCAUUCACGCUGAUUGGAGAUGACGUG